UUUUUAUUUGGAAGGAAAUCAGAGAAGACAGUAGAAAUGACAUUUGAACUGAAUUAUGAAUUCAUAAGUAUCUGCUAGGAUGAUUAUGAAAAAGGCAUCUCAGAAAGAGAAAAGUCUAGUGUUUCUGAAUGAGGUAAUUUUCCUUUAAAGAGCCUGGGUUCCAGGAUCACAUGUCCUGCCUCCAACAUCACAAGUCUUGUGACUUAGGUUAAUUAUGCCUUCUCAAAACCCUGAAUUCUUCAUCUGUAAAAUGAAGGAAGCUAAUUCCAAUCUCCAAGGACUUUAAGGAGGCUUAAAAGCUGUGAAGCACUGACUUCAGCAGCUAGUACAGAACAAAUAGUCAAUAAUGGCCAACUCUUGUUAUUACUAUAGGAUGUAAAAUGCAAAAAGGGUGUGCCGGAGUUCUGAAGCUCAAGAAGGUAAUCAGCAACCAGAUCAGGACAGAUUUGUCAGAACAGUAAGGCUUGUUCCCAGCGUUAAUUAAAACAAGCCAGCACAAUUAUUAGAGAAUAAACUGAAGUCAAGCUUGAUGUUACUAAAAAAAAGUCUUCAGGAAGCAUCUUAAUUAUAAUCUCCUGUUGAUGAAGCCUAAGGCAACAGGUAUAUACAAGUAUCUCACAGGCCACUAAUUAGGAGGCUGACAUUGUUAUACUUUAAUUAUGCAAUUUGCAAAUAGUUUUAUAUUGCAAUGUCUUGUAAUACAAUUUCCAUUAAGAAAUUGCUAAACUUUAGUUUCCCAGCAAUUUUUCUUCAUGUAAUUCAGUAAGUUUUAAACGAACGUGUAGUGUGAUAAAACUGAUUUUAGUAGGAAAGCUAUUUUACCUUUACUGUGGAAACAAAACACAACAGAAUUAACAGAUCACUUAGGGUAGGUGACCUUGAAAGGACAAAAGAAACAGAUCUAAGGAAAUUUGCAUGGGAACUAUAACCUCCAUCCUUUUGUCAGCUUGCCUGGAUAAUGGGUUUUCUAGUCCAGAAAAAGUCAACACUUUUCAUUUUAGCCUUUUUUACCGUGAGGAAACUUUUUCCUGUUCUCUUUGGAAAAGUUCAACUUCUCAUUGGCGUGAACAAUUCCUCCGUGGAAAUAAUUUUUUGGCUUGAAAAAUUAUUCUGGUUCUUUAUUGCCUGAAGCACUUAAUUUAAACCGAGUAUUUUUCAAGUUAAAAACAUCCUGAUGGCUUCAUCUGGGGAUUUUCCAAUCCUGAUGAAUCCAGGGGUAUAAUCUUUCAACCGGAAUUGUUAAUUCAUUCUGGGCACUUGAUACGUCAGACACGGUUUUUGACAUUUGGAAUGCAGUCAGUGGCGUAAGUUACUAACGUUCGGGCACGUGCCUCAGUUUCCCUAAACUCUCUCUGAUGGAUUGAGUCCAUAGAUUAUACCUCAUUUAUAUCACACACACACAUACACACACACACACAUAUAUAUAUACAUAUAUGUAUAUAUAAUUUGCUUGGGUGGAUUCUUCAAGACGUUUCAAGAUGAAGUUCAUCUGGCCCAUUUCUUGCACUUGACUGAUUUCUUAAAGGUGCUCCGGAAAUCCUGACAGCACUGUGGGUCUUUUCUUCGGGCCUGCAGAGCCUUAAUAAGUAAACAGAACGGUCCUAAGAGUUUGGGGCACACUCACUCAUGCAGUGGCUUUGAAUUUCUGGGCUCCUCGCCGGAAAAAAACCUGCACAAUGUCAGCAACUCAAAGAGCAUACGUGUACAGGGCAGCAUUUAAAAAGUUACAGCAGAAUACUCGACUGAGCGCUCCUUGAAAUCCUACAUGGCGAGCAAAGAACAGCACCCCUGCCGGGUAGAAACCAAUUAAUGGGAUUUUACGAAGCAUUAGUGGGCCCUUAAAAAAACAGCUUGAACUCACUCCUCUCUACAGCCUCGGCUGCUACUUCUGUCACAGCCCUCGGAAAGCCCACAGGCUGCCGGGAAGGCAUCCGCCAGCGGACAAACCCCCGCUGUGCCUCGGGAGCACCGAGCCAGCCCACUAGCGAGCGAGGCGGCAAGAGAGGGGCAGAAACCUCAGAAACCUCUUGGUGGAUGAUGCACGGUUCGACCCGCUGUCCUGUCCUGCGACUUCCCAGAAGGCAGCCCCGCCCCCUUCACCUUUUCCCGGCGAAUUUAAUCUCUCCCCGACCAGAGGGCCGAGCGCCGAAUGAUCGAUGCUUCCUCCACGCCCGAGAGCCGCCAUCUUGGGGGGCGGAGACAGCCCUGUGAGGGCCGCCGAAACUCUACGAGAUGUUAGCUGACUUGGGCUUUUCUGGUCAGCGCUGUAGGACAGAGGCCGAAGGAACCACCGGGGUCGUUCCUCCGGCUGCCUCUCCGGAAUGAGGCCUCAGCGCCCCAGCGGGACGGCACACCUUCCCCCCAGAGCGAGUCGGAGGAGAGACGGGAGCCGAGACCAUGCCAGGGAAGCUGAAGGUGAAAAUCGUGGCCGGGCGCCAUUUGCCAGUGAUGGACCGGGCUAGUGACCUGACUGAUGCCUUCGUGGAGGUGAAAUUUGGUAAUACUACCUUUAAAACAGAUGUGUACCUCAAGUCCCUCAACCCUCAGUGGAACUCAGAAUGGUUUAAAUUUGAGGUAGAUGAUGAAGACUUACAGGAUGAACCGCUCCAGAUCACAGUUCUUGAUCAUGAUACUUACAGUGCAAACGAUGCCAUUGGCAAAGUGUACAUCGACAUCGACCCCUUACUCUACAGUGAAGCUGCCACGGUCAUCUCAGGGUGGUUCCCAAUUUAUGACACCAUACAUGGUAUCCGUGGGGAAAUCAAUGUAGUAGUCAAAGUAGACCUCUUCAAUGAUUUAAAUCGAUUUAGGCAGUCAUCAUGUGGAGUCAAAUUCUUUUGCACAACAUCUGUUCCAAAAUGCUAUAGAGCUGUAAUAAUUCAUGGAUUUGUAGAAGAACUUGUGGUCAAUGAAGACCCAGAAUAUCAAUGGAUUGAUCGAAUUCGCACACCAAGAGCUUCAAAUGAGGCCAGACAGAGACUCAUUUCUUUAAUGUCAGGUGAACUGCAAAGGAAGAUUGGGUUGAAAGUACUUGAAAUGAGAGGAAAUGCUGUUGUUGGGUAUUUACAGUGCUUUGAUCUGGAAGGCGAAUCUGGGUUAGUAGUACGAGCCAUAGGAACAGCGUGUACUCUGGAUAAAUUAAGUAGCCCAGCAGCAUUCCUUCCUGCAUGUAAUUCCCCAUCCAAAGAAAUGAAGGAGAUUCCCUUCAAUGAAGAUCCCAACCCCAAUACUCACUCAUCAGGACCCUCAACCCCUCUGAAAAACCAAACUUAUUCCUUUUCACCUUCCAAGUCCUACAGUCGACAGUCCUCUUCUUCUGACACAGAUUUGAGUUUGACACCCAAAACUGGAAUGGGAAGUGGUAGUGCUGGAAAAGAAGGGGGGCCAUUCAAAGCUCUUUUAAGACAGCAGACUCAGUCAGCACUGGAACAGAGGGGAGGAUCGCCUCAUAGGUUCUGUAGAAGGCGGGAAUUUCCAUUUUUUACCUUGACGGCAUUUCCUCCUGGAUUUCUUGUGCACGUUGGGGGUGUUGUUAGUGCACGUUCUGUGAAGCUUUUGGAUCGUAUUCACAAUCCUGCCUUUGUCGGAAUUAUGGGUAACACAAGAUCUUACAAACUGCUAGACUGGAAUAGUUUCAAUUCAGAUGAACCAGAAACUCGAGAUGCGUGGUGGGCAGAAAUCAGACAAGAAAUAAAAUCACAUGCUAAAGCAUUAGGCUGUCAUGCUGUAGUGGGCUACAGUGAAUCAACUAGCAUCUGUGAAGAGGUCUGUAUUUUAUCUGCAUCCGGCACGGCAGCUGUACUGAACCCUAGAUUUCUGCAGGAUGGCACCGUGGAGGGCUGUUUGGAACAGAGGCUAGAAGAAAAUCUGCCUGCAGGCUGUGGGUUCUGCCAUAUACCAUAUGAUGAACUGAAUAUGCCAUUUCCAGCUCAUCUCACCUACUGCUGUAACUGCAGGAAACAAAAAGUCCCUGAUGUUCUCUUUACCACAAUAGACCUCCCAGUGGAUGCCACAGUUAUUGGGAAAGGUUGUCUAAUUCAGGCCAGGUUAUGUCGCUUGAAAAAGAAAGCACAGGCAGAAGCAAAUGCCACAGCUAUCAGUAAUCUGUUGCCAUUUAUGGAAUAUGAAGUGCAUACUCAGCUAAUGAAUAAACUAAAACUCAAAGGAAUGAAUGCAUUAUUUGGACUCAGAAUUCAGAUCACAGUGGGUGAAAAUAUGUUAAUGGGCUUAGCGUCGGCCACAGGUGUAUACUUAGCAGCUUUACCAACGCCUGGUGGUAUUCAGAUUGCUGGAAAGACACCUAAUGAUGGCUCAUAUGAACAGCAUAUAUCUCAUAUGCAAAAGAAGAUCAACGACACAAUUGCUAAGAAUAAAGAGUUAUAUGAAAUCAACCCUCCAGAAAUGUCUGAAGAGAUUGUAGGAUCACCUAUACCAGAACCUAGACAGCGCUCAAGACUUUUGAGAUCUCAGUCAGAAAGCUCUGAUGAGGUUACAGAAUUGGAUCUUUCACAUGGAAAAAAAGACGCUUUUGUUUUGGAGAUUGAUGACACAGAUGCUAUGGAAGAUGUACAUUCUCUCCUUACUGAUGUUCCUCCUCCUUCAGGCUUUUAUAGUUGUAAUACAGAAAUUAUGCCUGGCAUAAAUAACUGGACAUCUGAAAUACAGAUGUUCACAUCAGUAAGAGUAAUUCGAUUAAGCAGCCUUAACCUGACUAAUCAAGCUCUCAAUAAGAACUUUAAUGAUCUCUGUGAAAAUUUGCUCAAGAGCCUGUAUUUUAAACUGCGGUCUAUGAUCCCUUGCUGCCUUUGCCACGUCAACUUUACAGUAUCUCUGCCUGAAGAUGAAUUAAUUCAGGUUACAGUCACAGCAGUUGCAAUAACUUUUGACAAAAAUCAGGCUUUACAGACCACAAAAGCACAUGUUGAAAAGUCAUUGCAAAGAGCUUCUACAGAUAAUGAGGAACUUCUGCAGUUUCCACUGGAACUCUGUUCAGACUCACUGCCUUCUCAGCCUUUUCCACCUUCUAAAGAACACCUGGAGAGUGCAAGUUCUAACUCAGGUAUACCAGCUGCACAGAGAGCAACGUCAGUUGAUUACAGUUCCUUUGCAGACAGAUGCAGCAGCUGGAUAGAGCUCAUUAAACUGAAAGCUCAGACCAUAAGACGCGGAUCAAUUAAGACAACUGUGACAGUUGAAAAACCAAGUCCAAUGGGUGAAGGAAAUUUCCGGAGUCGUUCUGCUCCACCUUGUGCAAAUUCUACAGUUGGGGUUGUUAAGAUGACACCUCUUUCUUUCAUUCCUGGAGCAAAAAUAACUAAAUAUCUUGGAAUAAUCAACAUGUUUUUUAUUCGGGAAACUACUUCUCUGCGUGAGGAAGGAGGAGUCAGUGGUUUUCUCCAUGCUUUUAUUGCUGAGGUGUUUGCAAUGGUGAGAGCUCAUGUGGCUGCCUUGGGAGGAAAUGCAGUUGUCUCUUACAUAAUGAAACAGUGUGUCUUCAUGGAGAAUCCAAAUAAAAACCAGGCACAGUGUCUUAUCAAUGUAAGUGGUGAUGCAGUGAUAUUUGUUCGUGAAUCUGAAUUAGAGGUGGUCUCAACUCAGCAACCUCCUGUCAACUGCCAGCUGUCAUGUACUGGAGGAGAAGUUACAACCUGAAGUAAAUGAGAAAGAGGGCAACUCAGUGACAUUCACCUGUCUCCAUUGUUUUGUCAUUAAUUAUCUUACUAGACUUUUUACAUAUUGAGAUAAUUAAGAAAAGUUGCUAUAUGGAGUAGAUUGAUUUAUCUGGAAUCUCAUGGAGGCACGGGUUUUCUAAUUUUGCCAAAUCUAAACAGACAUGUCCUGUAGAAUCUUGACUCUUCAAUGACUUGAUAUAAAUUUCUCAGAAACUAUAGCAAAGAUGGAAGCUGUUAGUAACUUGUGUCAAUUUUUAAUGAAAUCAUAAUUUUACAAAUAAAAUGGGAAGAUUAUCAGGAACCUAGGAAAGCUACCCUAGUGUGAUUUAGGAAAACUAAGCAAGAAAUUCACAAAUUUUAAUGAAUAUAUAGUCUGAUUUAAAGAAUGUUUUGGGAGACUGUAGAAAAGUUUUCAGAAAGUUAUUAUGUGGGUUUAUUUACUGUGUUUUAUUUUGACGAGGAAUUUGGUAACAACUGAAAAGGAAAGUGCUUUAACCAUCUUUUAAAAAGGAGUUAAAAUUUUGCUACUUGUACCCAUAUAUUCUAACUACUAAAGAAAAAGUAAUCUAUCAGAGCUAGUGUAGUUUUAAUAAUAUCUGUUAGGAGGAAGAAAAAAAAUUACCACAUAACUUUCUAGCUGACCAAAUUUAGCUAGAGUCCAGUUUGCCUAGAAGAGGCUUGGCUUUAAUUGAGAAGAAAAUGUCAGUGAAUUUUUUGAAGUAGUUCUCUCGUAGGAACAUAAAAUUAUUUUCUGAUAAAAUUAUUCUGUUCUCCUACCAAAUAAAUAGAAUUUUAGUAAUAUAGUAGGGAUUUUUGAUGGUGAAUUAGACUGUAUUUGGCAUAGAAUUUGAAAUGUAACUUGAAUGUAAAUAUGCUGCAAAAUAUUGAAUGUAUACAUAGAAAUAUUUCUCUGUUCAUGCCAAAUACCUAUGAUAAAUGAACCUUAAAAAAGUACAUUCCUCCUUUGCACAGUAGAAUUUCUUUAUAUAACUCAUGAUUUUGUUCUUCCAAAUAAUAAGCUGUCCUACAGAUUUGGAAUCAUUUCCUUGUUAUCACAGGUGUCAAUAUUUUUCUGUAUUUUGUUUAUAAUUUUAUUUUUUAAAUAAAAAAAGUUC